AUGUCAGCUGUGAAGAAUGUUAAACGGAGGAAAUUGUCCCAUACGUCCUCGGAGCCUGCCCCCGAUGAUGUGCCUUCAACCUCGGAGCGCCGGGAGGAAGCUCCUGAAGAAAGCAGCGAGGAACAUGCAGACGCAAAGGCACCGAAAUCAUUCAAGGAUUUAGGAAUCAUAGAUUCGCUGUGUGACGCAUGUACCUCCCUUAGAUAUAAAGCUCCAACCCCGAUUCAAGCUGAAUCUAUACCUCUGGCACUGCAAGGAAGGGAUUUGGUGGGGUUAGCAGAGACAGGAAGCGGGAAGACUGCGGCUUUCGCAUUACCAAUUCUUCAAGCCCUUAUGGAAAAGCCACAGCCCUAUUUUGGGCUAGUUUUGGCACCGACUCGAGAAUUGGCUGUGCAGAUAUCGGAAGCAUUUGAGGCCUUAGGUUCGCUUAUUUCAGUCCGAUGCGCCGUUAUAGUAGGAGGAAUGGACAUGAUAUCUCAAUCAAUUUCUCUGGGAAAAAAACCACACAUUAUCGUUGCGACGCCUGGAAGACUUCUUGACCAUCUAGAGAACACAAAAGGAUUCUCGCUGCGCAACCUGAAGUACCUUGUGAUGGACGAAGCAGAUCGACUACUCGACUUGGAUUUCGGCCCUGUGCUGGACAAGAUAUUAAAAGUUCUUCCCCGAGAGCGCCGAACAUACCUCUUCUCCGCGACUUUAAGCUCCAAGGUCGAGUCUCUGCAGCGCGCCUCACUUUCAAACCCUCUACGCGUUUCAAUAUCUUCGAACAAAUAUCAAACGGUCUCAACGCUCCUCCAAUCCUAUAUUUUCAUCCCCCACAAGUACAAGGAUGUUUAUCUUGUUCACAUCUUAAACGAGUUCCCUGGCCAAUCGACCAUAAUCUUCACCAGAACCGUGAACGAAACACAACGCCUUGCCAUCCUUCUGCGCGCCCUAGGAUUCGGCGCAAUCCCUCUGCAUGGCCAACUAUCCCAAUCUGCCCGGCUUGGGGCCCUCGGCAAGUUCAGAUCCGGAAGUCGAAAUAUCCUAGUAGCCACCGAUGUUGCUGCGCGAGGCCUUGAUAUCCCUGCUGUGGAUCUGGUAUUGAAUUUUGAUCUUCCAUCCGAUAGCAAAACGUAUAUUCAUCGUGUUGGCCGUACUGCUCGUGCAGGCAGGAGCGGGCGUGCCAUCAGCAUCGUUACGCAGUAUGAGGUUGAGAUAUGGCAGCGGAUCGAGGUCGCAUUGGGGAAGCAGCUGCCUGAGCAUAAAACUGAAAAGGAGGAGGUUAUGGUACUGAGUGACAGAGUAGGAGAUGCUCAGCGAAUGGCAGUGACGGAGAUGAAAGAUCUCCAUGAGAAGCGAGGGACAAAGGGCGCCACGCUUCGAGGACGGAGGAAGGGAGAUUCGAAGAGGAGUAGAGAUGACAUGGACCGGGAGGAGAAGUGA